CGGAAGACAGCCGGGAGGAGGAGGAGCGGCGGUGGCGGCGGCGGCAGCAGCAGAGGCAGCAGCAGAAGCACCGUUACAAUGAAACUCAUCAUUUUAGAGAAUUAUGCUCAGGCCAGUGAAUGGGCUGCAAAGUACAUUAGGAAUCGAAUCAUCCAGUUUAAUCCGGGUCCAAGCAAAUAUUUUACCCUUGGGCUUCCCACUGGAAGCACGCCACUUGGAUGUUACAAAAAACUAAUAGAAUAUUACAAGAAUGGAGAUCUCUCUUUCAAAUACGUGAAAACCUUCAAUAUGGAUGAAUAUGUGGGCCUUCCAAGGGAUCAUCUAGAGAGCUACCACUCCUUCAUGUGGAACAACUUCUUCAAGCACAUUGACAUCUCCUCUGAAAACACUCACAUUCUGGAUGGGAAUGCCAGUGACCUGGAAGCAGAGUGUGAGGCUUUUGAAGACAAAAUCAAAGCAGCUGGAGGGAUUGAACUCUUCGUUGGAGGUAUCGGUCCAGAUGGCCAUAUUGCCUUCAAUGAGCCAGGCUCAAGCUUGGUGUCCAGAACCAGAGUGAAGACCUUGGCUAUGGACACCAUAUUGGCUAAUGCCAGAUUCUUUGAUGGAGAUCUUUCCAAAGUGCCAACAAUGGCUCUUACAGUUGGAGUGGGGACAGUAAUGGAUGCCAGAGAGGUUAUGAUUCUGAUCACAGGAGCCCAUAAAGCAUUUGCUUUGUACAAAGCCAUUGAGGAAGGAGUAAACCACAUGUGGACAGUUUCUGCCUUUCAGCAACAUCCCCGUACUGUCUUUGUAUGUGACGAGGAUGCCACACUGGAGCUUAAAGUAAAAACAGUGAAGUACUUUCAAGGUUUGAUGCUUGUUCAUAACAAACUUGUGGAUCCACUCUACAGUAUAAAAGAACUAGGGGCAAAAAGAAGCCCGUCGAAGAAGCCAUACAGUGAUUAGCCUCCCAGGAUUGGCUGAGCAGGUCCUUUUGUUAAACUUACAAAAGAGUUGGUGGAAAGCGUCCUCGUCUCUUAUCUUGAUGCAAGUCUACAGCAAAACACAUUCGUGGACUCUGUAAUUGGAAAAAUCUCCCCCACCCCCAAUCAACUGUGAGGUAGUAGCACUGGAUGCAGCCACAUCACACAUUCUCCAGCAGCAAAGCAAACUAAUGUCAUUUCACCCCUGUUUUAAGAACUAAGACCAGAUGUGAGGAUUGAGGCUGCCUAUUUUCCUUAAUAGAUGGCAGUAUGUACUUAAGAUUGCCACCCUUAACAUGAUAUGGAUCUGAAUUGCAAACUAUACAUAAUCAAGGAUGGAAUCCGCAAAAUGUGAAGCUUUUGCUACU